AUGGUCAAGAUCUUUAUCGAGUACGGCGACGAGCAACUUUCUAAGGCAUACUUACACUGGCUCUACGAAGGCACAAUCCCCUGCACGGACAGCCUCGAUAAUGAUCAAGGCCAUACGUUUCUUGCGAAGCUCUACGUCAUGGGCGAAGAGCCGAGGGAUGCGAAAAUCAAGAAUGCGAUCCUAGACAUAAUCGCCGCUAUUGCUGCGAUGUACAUCCCCAGCUCUGUUGCUGUCAAUAUCAUCUAA